AUGGCCAGCAGGGUGCAGGAGCUGGGAGGUGCUGAGAUCAAAGCCGUGACGGACUGGGAUGGCUAUGGCCCAGCCUGGGAUGGCUACGGGGACGAGGCUUCUCCAACGGAGGAACUUGAGCCCAAGUCCAAAGAGGCAGAUGUGACUGAUGCUGUCGACAAGCUGCCGGAGGCUGCUGAAUCGGUUCCAGAGCCAAGGCAGGAUCAAAAACACAUCUUCAUUACCAGUCAGCCCGGAACUGGUAAGACCACACUGAUUCACAAGCUUCUGCAGAAGCUCACUGAGGAAGAUGGUGAAGGUGGAGUUGACAUUUUUGGCUUCUACACCGAGGAGGUCAAAGAUCCGGAGAAUCCCAAGCAGAGACUGGGCUUUGAUGUGGUCCGAGUCGGCGAAGUGGAGGAAGGGGCUCCAAAGCGAGCAGUCCUGGCGCGCGUCGGACAGGCGCUGCCGAAGGUGGGAAAAUACACCGUGGACGUCGCAGCAUUUGAGGCCUUCGCACUUCCUGCCCUGGAACCUCCAAAGGAGGAGAUCCCGCUGCCUUCGCAGCCGCGACUCUAUCGGCCGCUGGAAGAAGCAGUGGAAGAGAAGGUGGUGAGUCUCCUCUAUGAGCCCGGCGAUGACGAGGAAGGUGCCAACAGCCGAAUUCGCCUAGAGUUUGGAGAGGAGCUGAACGUCCCACCUUCAAGUUUGCGGGAGGUACCAACCGGAUGGAAACAUCCAGAUGAGGAGGAAGAACCAGUCCCUCGACUCUGCGUGGUUGAUGAGGUGGGCAAGAUGGGUUUGCUGUCUGUCCAAUUUCCCAAGACCUUGUCCCGAGUUUUAAACACGGACGUGGUGCUUGCAACUGGUGUGCAGACUGCCAAGGGACAGCGCGACCCUGAGGCGGUGGAAGACAUCAAGAAGCGCAAUGGCUGUCGAGUGAUCAAGCUCACUCGCAACAACCGCGACUCCCUGGUGGACCAGACCUACGCACAACUGCGUGAGAGUCUAGGACUGGGUCCACCUGGUACUGGCAAGCCUCGUGUGAGAACGAAGAAGAAGAAGGAAGAAGAACGUAAGGCCAAGGAGAGGGCCGAGCGCGAAGCACGCGAACAAGAGGAAAAAGAAAGAGAAGAAGCCGCUGAGAAGGAAAAGGCUGCAAGGAGGGAGAGGCAAAUGGCCAAGGAAAAGGCACGCGCAGAGCGCCUAGCGAAGGAACGAGCUGAAAGGGAGGUUGAGGCGGCCAAGGCUCGAGCCGAGAGGAAGCGUCGUGCUGAAGCUAGAAAGAAGGCCAUGGAAGAUGCCAAGAAUGGCGUGGUUCCCUGUGUGGAGCAUGAAGAUGCAGAUGAUGUGGAGGAGAUGGCGCCCUCCUUCGAUUUGGUGGAUGAUGCCAUCGAGGUUGAGGAGGCUCCACGGAAGAGACGGAGGGCCUUGAGCAAGGGUGGAUCAAUGGCAUCCCUGGCCUCACCUUCACCGGGGUCACCAGAGGCCUCUCCAAUGGAUGCAUCUCCGGCUGAGGCGUCUCCCUCCUCGCCCAUUGAGCCACCAGCUCCUCCUCCCGUGACCGUGCAACCGGCAGUCGGCCGCACGGCCUUCCCGGACUGCACGUUGCUUCUCCAAAGCAGCACGGGUGGUGAGGCUGCAGGAGCUGCAUCCCAUCUUGGCGGUUUCAUGUUGAGUCCCCUAGGUCUGAGAGAUGCGACCAACACGGCGCUGCACCGGGGUAAGUUGGACCGUUACCUCUGGUGGAGCUACGCCUCAACGGCGCGCCAGCGCCUGCGGAGCUUCGGCCGGGCGCCGGAGGGCGCGGCCGCUUCGGCCGCGAGAGAUGCCACGGAGGUGGUCAUGGCCUGCGCCAAGGCUCGAGUGGAAUCGCACACUGGCAUCUACAGUGCUUGGAUGAGGGCGGUGCUACGCCACGGUCGCACCAGCGCUUGGUCCUCCCAGCUGGGCUUCGUCUGCAGCAGCGCUGCGACGUUGAGCCGCGCGCAGCUUUGGUCACAGGAGGCGCAAGAGGAGUUUUGGCUGACGGCCUUCCCCCAUCUGAUCACCGAGCGUUGGAUCGACCACGGCGCCGUGGUGUCCGCGGCCGCGGCCUUCGCGCUGGCCGCACCGCUUGGCAAUGCGUGGGGAACGGUGAAGGAGGAGGUCUUUGAGAUCUUGGAAAGUCAACUGCUGGAGCAACCUGCAUUGCUAUCAGCCCAUGACACGGCUCUUUUCCUCUGGGCUGUGCGCCGUGUGGGGCGCGGCAGCGCAGAGCUCUGCCGCAAAAUGUGGCAGAACUUGGAGGGUCGUCUCAGCGAGCUCUCACCGCGGCUCUUGUGUUCCCUGGCGCAUCAUGUCAACGACGGCAGCGGCGCGGUGCAGCUCCUGCGGUCGCUCAGCCGGCGCAAAGGAUCCGAAUCGCUGCUCUGUGAAGCUGCUGGAAGCUUCGCCACGCGUGGCUUGAUCUCCGCCGCAGAUCUGUGGCCCGUGGUGGAAGUGGUCGGCCCCAAAGUGCCGCAGAUCCUGGCCACGGCGCGCGCAGAUUUGCUAAAAGCUGCACUUUUACUGGAGAUCACAGACGAAGCUUUGCUCUUGGCUUUGCAGCAACCCAAUGGACCCGAAGAAGAAACCCAGGAGGAGCCCUUCGGGUCCCUGCUUCCGUCAGUUCCGGAGUUGGGCCCCAUUGGUGAGCCCUCGGCCUCUGUCCGAAGCGCCUUGCUGCAACUGGAGUCGCAGGCUCUACUGCCUGGCCUUGCUGAUGGCCGGCGUAGCGUGGGUAGCGUUGGCGCCGAGAGUCUCCGGAGUCUCCGGAGUCUCCUGAGCGCGUCGUCACCAGUGAAGAUGAUGGGGUUGGGAAGGUUACCUUCAAGCUGGGCUGCAAGGACCCUGUGGGCCUGUGCUCAGUUGGACGUCCAGGUCGAGCUGAAACCUUUGGUGGUGCACUGUGAGAGCUGCCGCUUCUUAGAGGCCUGCGAUGCCGAGGAACUCCUGAGGCUGCUGCCUGUCCUCCCCGCCCUGGACGCCGUCGCAGCGUCGCUGCUGGUCACCGUCGCGGCGUCUUUCGCCGCGGCGGUGCGGGAGCAAAAGCUGUCGCCGCAGCAAGGCGCGCACGGCCUCUUGUCCCUCAGCCUGCUAUCUGCAUCCAGCGGUGAAGUGUGGGACGCUCUGGAAGAUCGGGAGCUCUCAACAGCGUCGCGGAUGGAACUCUGCUUGGCGGCUCUGUUGGAGGCGGUGAAUCGAGGCGAUGAACCAAUCGACGUUACCCGAGUGCAGCGUUUGCUCCAGAAAAGCCGCCACCUGAGCGGGGCGAAUUUGUUGCUGUUGCAGCUACUGGAGGCCAUCUUCUCCAAGCGUUGUGUGGCAUGGCCAACCGUCGCCGUGCCGAAGAAGGUGCUUUCUAUAGAGGAGAGACCUCCCAGCUGGUUGAUUGCAGCCAAGGCGUCCCGCAGAACAGAGGCUUGGUUCAUGUUACUUUUGAAGAAACCAGGCUCCGCGCGUUGCGGCGCGCCGGUCACGCUUUCAUCCAAGACGUCCGCUGUGCUGAAUACGGCGCGGCAGCGUCUGGAAGCCAUGCUGCUGGAAAAAAGCCAUGCUGCGCACAACGAAGGGCUCGGGGAAGCUGAACGGGGUUGUAGCUAA